AUGUCUGACCAUUCUAGGGUCUGUAUAGGGACCGCCUUUGUGGCUGGAAUCCUCCUCGCGGUGGGGUUUACUGAGCUUCUGUAUCCGGAGUUGAAGAAUCGUCUCCGAGGAACUCAUUCUCAGUCGACAAAGGGCCUGCAGGAUAGCUCCGCAGACUCGUUGACGGCCAGGCCAGGGCCUCCUGCAAUUGUUGACGGCAUUGAAGGCUGCAUUGGGAAUACUCCUCUGUUACGUAUUAAAUCCUUGUCAGAUGCGACUGGAUGCGAGAUUCUUGGGAAAGCGGAGUUUUUGAACGGAGCAGGUCAGAGCUCCAAGGACCGAGUAGCCUUAAGCAUGAUUGAGAUUGCCGAGCAAAAAGGUAUCUUGAAACCUCACUCCGGGGAUACCAUCUACGAGGGCACGUCCGGUUCGACCGGCAUUUCACUGGCCACGCUCGCCAGAGCAAAAGGCUACCUCGCUCACAUCUGCAUGCCAUCUGACCAAGCAAUCGAAAAGUCAAAUUUGCUCCUGAAAUUAGGCGCAAUAGUAGAUCGUGUACCUCCCGCACCGAUCGUUGAAAAGGACAACUUUGUCAAUCGCGCGCGCGCCCUCGCUCAAGCUCAGACACUGUCUCCCACGGGUGGGACAGGCUUCUUCACAGACCAGUUUGAAAACGAAGCCAAUUGGAGAGCUCAUUACAACGGUACGGGGCCGGAGAUUUAUGCUCAGUGCAACGGUAAACUUGACGCGUUCGUCGCCGGCGCCGGUACUGGGGGCACAAUCUCUGGCGUCGCUCUCUUCUUGAAGCCCCGGAUUCCAAAUUUGACUGUAGUGCUGGCCGAUCCUCAGGGAAGUGGACUCUACAAUCGAGUACGGUUCGGCGUCAUGUUUGAUCUUAAGGAAAGAGAAGGCACGAGGAGGCGAAGACAGAUUGACACGAUUGUUGAAGGCAUUGGGAUUAACCGCGUCACUGCCAACUUCGAAGCAGGAAAGGAGCUCGUGGACGAUGCUGUGCGAGUGACGGAUGCGCAGGCGUUGGCCAUGGCUAGAUGGUUAGUCGAAAAGGAUGGUAUCUUCGUUGGAAGUAGCAGUGCUGUUAAUUGUUUUGCGGCAGUCAAGACAGCGAUGAAGCUUGGUCCUGGCCAUAGGAUCGUCACAGUCCUGUCUGACUCUGGCUCAAGGCACCUAUCUCGAUUCUGGGCCAAGGCUGGAGAUGUCGGAGGUGCGGUGGAUACCAAGCUUGAGGACGUUCUGAACGCCAAAGAUGACGAGUAG